UGUUGUUAGCCCAUUUAAUUAAGUCAAACUUGUCAUCCAAAAGUCCCGGAUGUUUCCACAAUCUUCUGCUCGACUGCGUUUGUUCGUCCGCUGGUUGGCUCAAUCUGCGCCUAAGACAAUUCGCCAGAAACGUUUUGUUGACUGGAAACGAUUGCGCUUGGCGGGAGGCAAUGGCGGUGAUGGCUGUGUGAGUUUUCAUCGCGCAGCGCAUGUUCCACGCGGAGGUCCAAAUGGAGGAAACGGCGGAAACGGCGGAUCUGUAUAUUUGAAAGCUUCAUUAGCAAUGCGAGAUUUUGGUCACGUGACGAGACCUCAAUACCAAGCGGAGAGAGGGCAUCAUGGGAAAGGCGAUAACCGACAUGGUAGGAACGGAAGGGAUGUUACACUUACUGUACCUGUCGGGACUCUAGUAAGAAAUGUAGAAGGCGAUGAAAUAUUAGGUGAUUUAGUAAAGAAUGGAAUGCUGCUUUGCUGUGGUCGAGGCGGAAGUGGUGGCCGUGGCAAUCUCAGUUAUGUUAGCAGCACAAAUAGAGCUCCAAGGCAAUAUACUGAAGGUAAGAAAGGUGAAGAGAGAUGGAUUGAGUUAGAAUUAAAGACGAUAGCUGAUAUUGGAUUGGUUGGAUUUCCAAAUGCUGGGAAGUCCACAUUGUUGAGGUUGAUAUCAAAUGCUCGACCAAGAGUAGCAGCAUAUCCAUUCACGACGCUCAAUCCGUAUGUUGGCAUUGUGGAGUACAAUGAUCACAACCAAACUCAAAUAGCAGUUGCUGAUAUCCCAGGCUUAGUGAGAGGAGCUCAUGAGAAUGUUGGUCUUGGACAUUCUUUUCUCAAACACAUUGAAAGGUGUCAUGCAUUGCUUUAUGUUAUUGAUGUCUCACAGAGUCAUGCAUGGCAACAAUUGGAUGAUCUUUCUCAUGAACUUGAGCAAUAUCUUAGAGGACUAUCAACACGGCCAUCUGCUAUUGUUGCCAAUAAAGUAGAUAUUAAUGGUGCUGAGCAUAAUGUUGCAAGACUGAGAGAAAAGACAAAAUUAGCUGUGUGUCCUGUGUCUGCUUUGUUUGGCAACAAUGUGAAGAAACUAAAGGAAACACUGUGGGAACUGUAUACGAAAGCAGUCACUACAAAUUGUAAUAUUUGAACGUUUUGUCUUAUGUUAAUGUCAAAUAUAUAUUAAUUAAUCAGUGGCUACAUGUCAGUGGAAGGUUUUGAGUGUUUGUGAUAGAACAUAGGCGGACACUAGACCAAACGAUAUA